AGUGCUGCCAAUCAAGGCUUAGCGCAGGGUCUCAAGCGUCCAGCAUGACGUAGUGAGGUGAAUAAAGUGUGAAGAACACACCACUACUGUACGACGUCCACGGUCAUUACCAGCUGUAAGCGUGGGCAUCUGUUUAACACAGAAUGAGUGGGGAAUGGAGGAUGCACUUGCGAGAGGUCCCUGCUGGGGUUGGUCCGGUGGCCUCGCCCUCUGCUAUAUAGCGGCCACCGGAUCCUAUCCUUACUCGCGAGUCUCGAACCCUCUUACAUCAAACAACUUAUAGAAAAUACCUAUCCUUUUGAGUAAUCUUUUAAUCCAACUAUCAAAAAUCGAUCGCAAUGGCUUACAUCGCACCCACUCAGCACCAUGACGGACAACUUUCACAGCUGGAGGAGUGGUCCCUACCGUCCCUUUCAGGCUGUGAGCCGGAGUGGUCCGAGCCUUCGUUGUUCGAUGCUCAUGUUUGGUACCAUGAGCCUUCGGCAUUAUCAACACCGUCGACCUUGACUCUCUCGCCGCCGGACCAGUACCUGGACGCCAAUCCGGCUUUCUCGCCGCCGGGCGAGUACCUGGACGUCACUCCGGCCCCCACCACGAUUCCCGCCUUCCCGCCGCAAGGGCAGGCUGCGUAUCAAGGCCCAACGUGGCAGCAUGGCCCUUUCACACACGCAACACCGAACGCACUCUCCCAACAAGCUGCGUUCCAGUUCGGCAGCAACGUUCCUGUGGCGUCUGGCUCGGGGCUUACGCCUCUGACGCCCAUGAGCCACAGGUCGCCGACGGGCUCGGUAGAGGCCACCAAUCCCGGGCCCAGCACGGCCAACCUGUACACCUGCACGUACGGCGGAUGCCCUCGCCGCUUCAUGACCAAGCAGGAUCUGCAGGUGCACAAAAAAACCGAGCAUCAGCAGCACCACCGCUCCGGUGCCCGUGGCUCCAACGCCCGCGAGGCAGGCAUGUCGCAAAGCGGCCCGCACGUGUGCUACGAAACGAACCCGGUCACGGGCGAGAAUUGCCUAACGAGCUUCUCCCGACCCUACGAUCUUACCCGGCACCAGCACACGGUACACGCGAGAAAAGAGAAGGCGACGUGCGAAAUCUGCGGCAGGUGGUUCAGCCGCGGUGACGCCUUGAGCCGUCACCGUAAGCACCAACACACCGACAAGUACCCGGGGCUUGCCGAGAAGAACGCCAGAAGGCGCAAACGCGAUGCCAACGGGUGAUUGGAGCGUUGGAAGUACGGGUUCAGGAAAAAAGAUUUGUAUAACUUGUUUUCUCUUCGCUUCCUUUUUUUCCUUUGUCUUAUCGGGCAUCGCAUUUCGGACCUGGCAUUCUCGGCAUGGCUCUUUAGAUCAGCAUUUUGGCUCAGCUUUCGAAAAUCGGGCUGUUUGACUUUGAAAUUAUUGUUUCUACUAGAAUGGGAUUGGUGUUUCUACUAGCAUGCAUUGUCACUGGGGUGGGCCGGUUAGAUCGGGGUUUGGAAAUCUUUGGAGGCAGCCAUGGGCGAGAACGGGGGACUCAUACUGUACAUACUUUAGCACACGACAUGACAUGGAGAGAGGGGGCAUCAAAAAGGUUAGAUCAUUC